CAAAAAGGCGCGCAUCACCCUGCCCCGCGCACCGGAAGUGACGUGACGUGCUGCGCGUUCCCGCCGUGCCUUUCGCCGCCGUCCUGUGGCGGGAACCGCGGCGCCUGAGGGACGGUGGUGGCUGAGAAGAAAUCAUGCAGGCAUUUCUAAAAGGCACAUCUGUCAGUACUAAACCACAAUUCACCAAGGAUCGGGUAAUACCCGCCACUGCUGGAACCAGUGGGGAAACCAAGAAAGUCAAGCCAGUGCCUUGGGUGGAAAAAUAUCGUCCAAAGUGUGUGGAUGAAGUUGCUUUCCAGGAAGAAGUGGUUGCAGUACUUAAAAAAUCUUUAGAAGGAGCUGAUCUUCCUAAUCUCUUAUUCUAUGGACCACCUGGAACUGGCAAAACAUCCACAAUUUUGGCAGCAGCUAGAGAACUCUUUGGGCCCGAACUCUUUCGAUUAAGGGUUCUUGAGCUAAAUGCAUCUGAUGAACGUGGAAUACAAGUAGUCCGAGAGAAAGUGAAAAAUUUUGCUCAGUUAACUGUGUCAGGAAGUCGGUCAGAUGGGAAGCCAUGUCCACCCUUUAAGAUUGUAAUUCUGGAUGAAGCAGAUUCUAUGACUUCAGCUGCUCAGGCAGCUUUAAGACGUACCAUGGAAAAAGAGUCUAAAACAACCAGAUUCUGCCUCAUCUGCAACUAUGUCAGUCGAAUAAUUGAACCCCUCACUUCUAGAUGUUCAAAGUUCCGUUUCAAGCCUCUGUCAGAUAAAAUUCAGCAGGAGCGAUUACUGGAUAUUGCUGAGAAGGAAAAUGUCAAAAUUAGCCAUGAGGGAAUAGCUUAUCUUGUUAAAAUAUCAGAAGGAGAUCUACGGAAAGCCAUUACAUUUCUUCAAAGUGCUACUCGACUAACAGGUGGAAAGGAAGUCAUGGGGGAUGUGAUCACAGACAUUGCUGGGGUAAUACCACCCACAACCAUUGAUGGAAUACUAACUGCAUGUCAAAGUGGCUCCUUUGACAAACUAGAAGCUGCAGUAAAGGACCUAAUAGAUGAAGGACAUGCAGCUGUUCAGCUUGUUAAUCAAGUUCAUGAUAAGGUGGUAGAAGAUGAAGAACUUUCUGAUAAACAGAAGUCUAUUAUUACAGAAAAACUUGCUGAAGUGGAUAAAUGUUUAGCAGAUGGUGCAGAUGAACACCUGCAAUUGAUGAGCCUCUGUGCAACUGUGAUGCAGCAGCUAACUCAGAAUUGUUGACUUAUGAAUGACCUUUUGGAUAAUAAAUGACAAAAACCCAUAAAGUGAAUAUACAAUUUAUUUAACAUUCAAACUUCAUUAAGACAUGUGCAAUAUGGCAAUUUUGCUGGGGGUUUAACCCUACCUAGGAUGAUUGCUUGCUGAGGCUUAGCAACAGGGUCCAGUUCAUACUUAGCACUAAUUAAAUACUUUAUUGAAUAAAUACAAUACCAAACAAAAUGCAUUCAAAUGUUUUCUAAAAAAAAGAAAAAUCACUUUUAAAGGCCUUUCUAAUCAGGCUAAUAAACACAAUAAA